CCGAGAUUUGCUUACAACUUUGGCAUACCAUUCGAUGCGCUCCAGCGCUACAGCCACCGGGUUGCCUGCUUGGAGUGCGAAUCAGGUGCGUUGCUACCUAAUGGCGGGACGGUGCGCGGAAAGCGUUGAGGCCGCAGUUCUCCCUGUUAUUUAUUUGGGCAGUUUUUUCUCUCAUUGUGCUUUCUCUGCUUUCCUAGACAUAUCCUCAAGGCCAGUCAUUCCUCUCUAGAUUCCAAGCAGACUCAACACACAACCAAUUCCAGCUACCUCGCGAAUUCAGCAACCAGACAGCUCUGGCAAACCUCCCACCCCUGCGGUUCAUAACACAAAGCACUCUUAAGUGGAAAUUAAGGAGCUUAUCAGUAUUUCUAUUUAGCUUGGCUAUCUAUAGCUAGGUCAUGGAUUUAAUAUCAAGAUAUACCAGUGUCCUACAAUCAACCCACAAUGACGAGGGACCGCGGAAAGAAGCAAAGUCUAACUUUGAUGUCAAUACUAGGAGAGCGAAUGUCGAGUCUGAGAGCAGAACGGCGCGAUCUGUGGUGGACUUUGGGAAUGGGGACAAGGGCAAGUCAGAAGCGCUUGAGCGUCUGUCCUUAGAUUCCAGCCCAAGGCCGAAGGAACUUAAGAAACCUAAGAAACCUAAGAAGCGACCACAACAACAGCAUCAAGGCGAAGGGCUAUCCUGGAGAAGAGAUCGAUCCAUCGGCUCGGAAAGUCAAAAUCCGAACGAGUGGGCUAGCCAAGUCGGCCAUGCCCCAACAUUUACUUCUAACUGGCGCCCCAAUGGCGAACCAACGAGAGAACUUGUCAACCCCUUAGCUGACUCAAAUCCAAAGGCGCCCCCGGCUCAGACAAAGUUGUCUUUAAGAACCGCCCAGCCCAGUGGAAGUGAGCAACAAACACUACCAGUUGUUGCAAGCUCGGCUCAGCCUGCUCAAGGCAAUCAAGAGCGAGGCAUGAGCGACGCCCGUUGGCCUGAGAUGAUGCCGCAGCCAGAGAGCAGACGAAUCUCCCAAGAGCAGUUGGCUGCGGAAGUUAAGUGGAUAUAUACUGGGCUCACUAUGAUUGAGUCCAAGUGUAUCCACGUGGAUAGAGCACAAGUUGUCGCUAUGCAUGACGGCCAAUAUAUUAUCCGCAAUAACCACUGGCAGGCUCUCAUUGCCCUUCAUCGUACUUUGCUCCACGAACACCAUGACUUCUUCUUGGCUUCCCAACAUCCCUCAGCCUCGUGGGCAAUACGCAGACUCGCUUCGAAGUAUUCUAUGCCAGCUCGUAUGUGGAAAUAUGGCAUCCAUUCCUUUCUUGAACUCCUCAGGUAUCAACUGCCUGAUUCGCUGGAGUUCAUGAUUAACUUCAUCUAUACGGCAUACCAGAUGAUAAGUCUUUUAUAUGAGACAGUGCCGGCAUUCAAGAAUACGUGGAUUGAAUGCCUUGGCGACUUGGGCCGCUAUCGUAUGGCUAUUGAUAAUGGAAAUGUAAGAGACCAUGAAAAUUGGGCUAAUGUGUCGCGCUUCUGGUACACAAAGGCGGCAGACAGAUCUCCUGAGGUUGGUCGUCUGUACCAUCAUCUGGCGAUUCUUGCUCGACCAAACGCACUGCAGCAACUGUUCCUCUACUCGCGGUCACUGAUCUCUGUGCAAAUUUUCAACCCCGCAAGGGAGACUAUCCUAACACUGUUCAAGCCCAUACUUGGACGGUCAGAUGCAGCGUCGAGUCAUACAUCCCAAUUAGACACUAGUUUCAUUAAAGCUAGCGCCAUCCUCUUCACUAAGGAGCAUCUGGACGACUUUAAACACUUUCAUGACGGCUUUAUCGAGCUUCUUGAUCAGCAUAUCGGCCGCGUGACGGCUGAGUGGCGAGUGCAAGGAGUUUGGGUCAUCGUAUCCCUCCUUGGCGCCCUCUUCGACUACGGAAAUGAUUCUCCGUUACGGCGCGUCUUUGAACUUGGAUUUCACCAACUUGCACAGCAAGCUCGUGAUAAGUCGCAAGCGGAUCAGUCAGCUUCUUUUGAUCCACAACAUGCUCAAUCUGAUGGAGAUACUGUCAUGGAAAACCUUAAUGUGCCGACGACUGUCGAUUCGGAAUCAAAAAUUGCUUUCGAACAUGCGCUCAAGUUCUAUACUUCUGUCGUAACCUCGGUGCUGCGACGACUGGGCGAUGAGAACGUGCUCCCGUUUGUGCACAUUCUCCUCGCAUUCUUGCUCUCUCUCAUCCAACUGAAGUCUCUCGACUCCCGAAUCAAGUCAUCGUAUAUCGUUAAGACCAUACUUGCUAGGGUUCCUCUGGGAGAGCUCUGCUCAUUCCUCAAUAUAUUAGCCCGCUCUGAUUCCGCAGAUGCCCGGUAUGAAACUAAGACUUUUAUUCGAGGGGAAGAUUCGAUACCGCUACCAGAAGAUCAUCUCAUCCGGGGACAGGUUUGGGCGCAAAACUACUUCCCCGCAGAUUUAUUCAAGAGCAGCGAAUUGGACGAUGAGGAAAGAAAUAUUGAGCAUGCAUCUACAGUAAGAAUGCGCGCCGAACGCGUACUGAACCUAGGUUUUAGACUGGCACAGGAGCAUGACUUUGGAAUCAAAUAUGAUAUCAGAAUAAAGACAUUUAAUCUGAUCAAUCACCCAAAUUGUGGCUAAGACAGCUGCAGCGCUUGGACACAAGACCUCAGAUUCAGAUUGCCCUUGCCAGCCCAUAAUUCGCACUUCCAGGAAUGCAUCCCAUUGGGAAAUUAAAUUGGGGGUAUAGGUCAUGGCCUCUGAAACAUAUUCAGAGAAUAUAUAUAUUAUGCAGACAUGUUCGCACUAUGAUUAAGACAGCGGCAGGUGAGAAACGGAUCAGAGAUACUCUUUUUUUGCAUGGCCAAAUUAUGGACUUGAGAAAGGAUAUCUAUCCUCGACUUUUAUGGCGUUUGAACAGGGCAUAUCAGUCGACUCUUGGUUGCCUCCAAUUUCGAAGUAUGCAACACCUGGCGCAGCGAGCCAUAAUUAAACUCCGAUGGUCUCGCAAACGCCUGUUCCCCAGAUAUAUUGACUUUUGUUGCUUUAUUUAUAUUAUAAUUACAGCUAUUCUCCUUCCCAGGUACUAAUU